CCGAGCAAGACGAUUGUUAAAAUAAUUAUAAUAUAAAUUUCACAAUGCGAGAACUAAUAGCUCUGAUCUUUGGAUUAAUCGUGUGCAUUCAAUUAAGCAAUGGAGAAGAGAAUAUUCCGAUUUGCAAAACAGGAUUGCACUGGGAUGUUAAAUUGAAUAAAUGUGUACCACCAGUAUGUAAUCCCCCUUGUGAUCAGUUUGCCAACUGCACUAUCCAUGGAUGUGUCUGCCACACUGGCUAUGAGAUGGUGCAUAAAAAGUGCGCUGCAAAGUGUUCUAAAAGUUGUGGACCACAUGGCGUCUGCAUAAGUCCUGAAAAAUGUGGCUGUAAUACAGGCUAUCAUCUGAAUAAAAAGACUCAGCAAUGUGAAGCCCAUUGUGAUCCACCAUGCAAAGCAAAUGCAUUCUGCUCCGAACCUGAUAUUUGCGCUUGUAAACGGGGAUAUCUCGCUAAGGAUGGCGUUUGUGAACCAGUUUGCAGCAAAGGAUGUCCAGAUAAAAGUUUCUGUGUGGCACCCAACAAAUGUUAUUGCCCUCUGGGAUUCGAGUGGGACCAGAGCCAUAAAAAAUGCCUUCCAAAGUGUACACCCAAAUGUGGAUUGAACAGCUACUGCCACAAGACGCAUGAAUGCAAGUGCCGAUUAGGAUAUAAGCCCAACGAUCUGAAGAGCCUCAGUUGUUCCUUGCCCUAUCCUUGGUGGGUCUACUUGGUCGUUGCCGUUCUCGCUCUUACUCUUGUCGGCAGUAUUUCUGUCAUAAUCUACUGCUGCAUAGCUCGCUCUCGCAAUAUCAAUUACUAUCCCAAUUCAAGCUUCUCGGACACUACUCAAAUUAUUCGAUAAAUUGGAAAUAAAUCAAUUAAAUUGCAAAUUAAAAUUAAACAUUAAAUAAAUAUUCCACAUUAUGAAUUGUUGAUAA